GUUCAGAGCCCCGUGAGGUCAGGCUGAUGGGAGGAUUCAGUCGCUGCGCAGGAACACUGGAGAUAAAAGACCAGGGAGACUGGAAACCAGUGGACGUCCUGUUGAACUGGUCCCUGCAGGAAACAGCUGUUGUCUGUCAACAGCUGGACUGUGGCUUUGCUGUUUCAAAUCGCAAAAAAUCCUCCUCUGACAGGGUGGUAUCGAUUAUCCAUACCGACUGCUUUCGGUCCAGGUCUAAUCUGAGAGAGUGUGCGACAACAGUGUUCUCGUCUUCUGUCCUGGAGAUCACCUGCUCAGACUCUGUCAGACUGGUGAACGGGACGAGUCUGUGUUCAGGCAGACUGGAGGUGAAGGCUCACCAGUCUAACCAGUCUGACCAGUGGUGGUCCUCCGUGUGUGAAGCUGACUUUGACCAGCAGGAUGCUGAGGUGGUCUGCAGGGAGCUCGGCUGUGGGGCUCCCUCAGUCCUCCAGGGGGGGCUCUAUGGAGGAGCGGAGGCUGCAACAUGGAGCAGCGAGUUCCAGUGUGGAGGCCACGAGUCUGCCCUUCUGGACUGUAGAAGCUCAGGUGCAGCUAGGAACACCUGCUCCCCUGGAAAAGCUGUUGGACUCACCUGCUCAGAGCCCGUCAGGUUGGUGGGAGGACCCAAUCCCUGUUCUGGAUCACUGGAGGUGAAACAUCUGGGACACUGGAAACCCGUGACUGGCUUGGGCUGGACCCUGAAACCAGCAGGUGUCAUCUGCAGACAGCUGGAUUGUGGAUCUGCAGUUGCCAUGGGAGAAAAAGAGGAUCUGUCCAACAGAACCUCAUGGCAUAUGGAUCGCAUGUGCGUUCAACCUGGAUCUGAUCUGAGGGAGUGUUUAUCUACACGCUCGUCUUACUCUGAUAUCCUGGAGAUCACCUGUUCAGACUCCGUCAGGCUGGUGAACGGGACGAGUCCGUGUUCAGGCAGACUGGAGGUGAAGGCUCACCAGUCUAACCAGUCUGACCAGUGGUGGUCCUCCGUGUGUGAAGCUGACUUUGACCAGCAGGAUGCUGAGGUGGUCUGCAGGGAGCUCGGCUGUGGGGCUCCCUCAGUCCUCCAGGGGGGGCUCUAUGGAGGAGCGGCGGCUGCAACAUGGAGCAGCGAUUUCCAGUGUGGAGGCCACGAGUCUGCCCUUCUGGACUGUAGAAGCUCAGGUGCAGCUAGGAACACCUGCUCCCCUGGAAAAGCUGUUGGACUCACCUGCUCAGAGCCCGUCAGGUUGGUGGGAGGACCCAGUCCCUGUUCUGGAUCACUGGAGGUGAAACAUCUGGGACACUGGAAACCAGUGGACUGGACCCCGGAAGCAGCGGCAGCAGCGUGCAGAGAGCUGGACUGUGGAUCUGCUGUUUCAACGGGAAAGAAACAGGGGACUCCCACAAAUGUGUGGUCAGUCCACAUUCCUUGUGUUGAGGCUGGAUUUUCUAUCAAGGAGUGUGUACACUCAUCUUACUCAUCGUCUCACCUGGAGAUCACCUGCUCAGGUGGGACUGACCCUCAUGACCUGGAGGUGCAGUGACAUCAUCUGCACACCUACACCUGGCCUUUGAAAAGCAAAGAAUUUAUAAUUUGUACUUAAUGUGGCCAUAAUCUAAGUUUAAAACAUAUUUUUAAAAAAUGAACUGACAUCAACAGAAUGUGACGAAACAACAGUGUUGACGUCAGAGAUAUCUACUGCAGUUAGCAUGCUAACCAGCUAGCGACCGCCUGUCCCGCCUGUCCCGCCUGUAAUACCACCUUAUACCUCUAGAGGCAUCAGUCCAACAACCGUCCCAUAGUUUCAGCUUGAUAGAUAGAUAAAACUUUAUUGAUCCCGAGGGAAAUUCCAGAGCUACGUCCACACCAACUCAAGCUAGGAGAUGUAAAUGAGCUCCACAAACUGUCUUAGAGUCCAGUCUAAUAAGGGAACAAAACAAAAUCACAAAAUGUCCACACAGGAAAUAUUCUUACACGUGUUUUCCCUUCUAAGCUUCUCUCUUUUACUGAGACGAGCUGAACUGCAUCAUUAGCUCAUUGUAAAACACACUUCAUUCAGACGAGACAUAAAACUGAAGGAAAUAAAA